AUGGUUCUCCAAACUUCAUCUCUAGGGUUUAUAGUGAGGAGGCACCCACCAGAGCUAGUAGCCCCAGCCAACCCCACUCCCCAUGAAGUUAAGCUAUUAUCUGACAUAGAUGACCAAAAUGGCCUUCGUUACCAACUUCCACUGGUGCUAUUCUUUCCUUACCAGCCUUCAAUGGAAGGGAAAGACCCUGUUGAAGUCAUUAGAGAAGCACUAUCCAAAACACUUGUGUUUUACUAUCCCUUCGCGGGAAGGCUUAGGGAGGGUCCUGAUGGCAAACUAAUGGUGGAUUGUAAUGGAGAAGGUGUCAUGUUCAUUGAGGCUGAUGCAGAUGUGACAAUUGAGCAGUUUGGUAAUAAUUUUAUGCCUCCAUUCCCUUGCUUUGAUGAGCUCCUCUACAAUGUUCCUGGUUCAGAUGGAAUGAUUGACACCCCACUGCUGCUUAUACAGGUAACACGUCUCAAGUGUGGUGGUUUCAUCUUUGCACUCCGAAUGAAUCAUACUAUGUGUGAUGGAAGUGGAAUUUGCCAAUUUCUGAAGGCGUUAUCAGAGAUAGCACAUGGUGCACCAAAGCCUUCUAUUCUCCCUGGCUGGCACAGGGAGAUUCUAUGUGCAAGAGAACCACCAAGAAUCACAUGCAUCCAUCAAGAAUACCAACAACUACCACCUGAUUCAAGAAGCAUCUUCAUACCCCAUCAACGUUCCUUCUUCUUUGGCCCCAAAGAGAUAGCUUCACUCCGUGCUCUUCUUCCCCACCACCUUGCCACCAAAUCCACCUCCUUUGAAGUCAUCACAGCAUGCCUCUGGCGCUGCCGGACCGCAUCACUAAAAUGGCAAAACCCUAAUCAAGAGGUUCGCUUGUUGUGCAUUGUUAAUGCACGCUUUGGAAACUGUAGGUUCAACCCUCCAUUGCCUGAUGGUUUUUACGGCAACGCUUUCGUGUUUCCGGCGGCGGUUACCACAGUAGGGAAGCUUCUGGGUCGCUCCUUAGGGUAUGCAGUGGAGCUAGUGAAGAAGGCAAAGGAUGAAGCAGAUGAGGAGUAUGUGCACUCUGUGGCUGACCUAAUGGCUAUCAAAGGAAGACCUUGCUUUACUAAGUUAGGGUCUUUUAUGGUAUCUGAUCUCACAAAAUCUGGGUUAAUAGAUGUUAACCUUGGAUGGGGUAAGGCUUUGUAUUCUGGGGUAGCUAAGGGUGGUCUUGGUGAUAUUCCUGGGGUGAGCUUCUAUGUGCCCUACACCAACUCCAAAGGAGAGAGAGGCAGAGUCAUUCCAAUUUGCCUUCCUGAAGAUGCCAUGGAGAGGUUUGAGAAAGAGUUGCAUGACACUCUCAUGAUCAAGAAUAACAUUCCAAUGUUAAUGUCCAGUCUCUAAUUAAGGAUAUAUGUAUAAUUGAUAACUAAGGUGUCAGUGUCAACUUGUCGCUUUUAAUUUGUGAUAGUGUAUAAAAUAUGUUUGUGCUGCGUGCCUA